AUGCAAAGUCCUGAUAAGACAGGUUUUAAUUGCGCGGCUUGCGACCGUCCUGAUGACGAGGAGUCGCAAAUGGUAUUUUGUGACCACUGCCAGCGGUGGUAUCACUUCAGCUGUGUUGGCGUCUCAGCUGAUGUCAAGGACGUUUCUUGGUGCUGUCAGAAGUGCGUCGGAAGUGAAAGUGAAGGUGUUGUUCCUGCUGAUGUACAAGAGGGGCUGCAAGAGCUCGAAGCGGAGAAGGCGAAGCAGAAGCGGGAAAUGGAGAAGGAGAAGAUUUUGCACCGGAAGCGUCUGGAGAUGAAGCAGGAGCUGUUCGAGAUGCGCCAGCAGCUGGAGAAAGAGAAGCGGGAGAUGGAACUCGAGUUCGAACAGGCGCAAAUGGCGAAGAAGCUCGCGGAAGAAGAAGCCCAUCAGAGGAAACUCGACAAAAUGCGGACGGAAAUGGAGGAGAAGCUGAAGCAGUUAAAGCUGAAGCGGAAUUCAGGAGCGGCCGAUGGUGAAAAGGAGCUGGAUCAAGCUGUCGGAGGCGGUAAAGUGGGAAGCUCGAAAAGCGGAACAAAGAAGAAGACGGAAUCGGAGCAGACGAAGCCGGGGAAAGGACUCGAGAAGCAAAAGUCGAGGAAUGGAAAGCCUGGAAAAGCGGAUGCGACGGUAGCGGACUUCGAAGAUCCGAGAGGAGCGUACCAGAAGCACUCGACUCCGAAAGUUUGUCGGAAACUGACACUGAAGCCGGUUGGUGGUCCAUCCAGUCUGCCGGAGAGUUUUUUGAUCGGGCGUGGUGGAGAUUCGACGCCACUCGGACGACCAGGGGUUCCCAAACCCGAGAAGGUGAAAACAGCAAAGAAGAUGAAGAAAGUGGUGGAAGUUAUUGAGUCGGAAAGCGCGAGUUCCGAGGAAGAAGAAGAGUCCGCUGAAGAGGUGGAAAGCUGCGAAGAAGAAGAAGAAGAUAGUUCCAGCGAGGAAGAGGAGAGCUCCGCAGAGGAGGAAGAAAGCAGCGAAGAAAGUUCGGAAAGUUCCGAAGAAGAGAAACAGGAAGAGAAGCCUCGUCGGAAAAGCGGAAAAGAGAAGGAUGGGCGGAAGAAUCGGCAGCGAGAACCGACGAAGGCGCAGAUGUCCGCUCGGCAAUUCCUGUCCAGGAAGUUGCCAACGUUUUCUGGCAGGAUGGAAGAAUGGCCGAUGUUUAUCAGCAGCUACGAGACGUCGACGAAGGCGUGCGGCUUUUCCGACGUGGAGAAUUUGGCGCGACUACAGGAGUGCCUGAAAGGAGAGGCCCUGGAGGCGGUGCGCAAUGCAUCGCCACCGAAAGCGGAUCGGCUGGCGAGUUUCAUCAGCUUCGGAGUGGUAGUGCAGCAGCUUGCCGAUCACCUAGAAGCGACCGGACUAACGACGCACUUGGUCAACCCGAUGCUGAUCCAGGAGUUGACGGAGAAGCUACCGGCUGGCACCCAGCUGGAAUGGGUACGAUAUCGCAGGAAGACCAAAGUGGUGACGCUGAGGACGUUAUCAAAUUUCCUGUCAAGCAUCGUGAAGGACGCUAGCGAAGUAGCAGCGUAUGGAGAAGGUACCCCCCGUUCCGGAGAAUCCGGAUCGAAGAAAGGAUCGAGAAGCAGAGCGCACGACGGCUACGUGCACUCGCACGACGUGGAAGAGAAUAGGAGUUCGAGUCCACCCAGGAGGGAGAGGAAGCCCUGCCGGAUUUGUGGCAGAGUGGAUCACCGGAUCCGGAACUGCGAGAAGUUUCGGAGGCUCCAGCUCGGAGAACGAUGGGAAGCGGUGCGCAGGUGGAAGCUUUGUCAACUGUGCCUGAAUGAGCACGGUAACGCCGGCUGCAAGCUUAGCUUCCGCUGUAACGUUGAAGGCUGUAAGGAACGACACAACCCGCUGCUUCAUUUCGUCAGGCCAGCCGCAGGACUAAACUGCAACGUUCACGCCGCCCAGCCAAAACAAACCGUGAUCUUCCGGAUGAUGCCCGUCACGCUGCACUGUGGCAAACACUCCGUGAACACUAUCGCGUUUCUGGAUGAAGGAUCAUCGUACACACUGGUCGAACGGGCAUUGGUGAACCGUUUAGGAGUCCGAGGCGCAGCACAGCCCUUGCGCGUAACUUGGACCGCAGGAGUUUCCCGGAUCGAGAAAGACUCGCAGUGCGUGAGUCUCUUCAUCUCGGCGAGAGGAUCCGCACAACGCUUCCAAAUAAAGAGCGCCCACACAGUGGAGAGUUUAAAGCUUCCGCAACACACGGUAGCCAUUUCGGAAGUGGUGAGGCAAUAUGCGCAUCUCCAAGGCCUACCGAUCACCGACAUCCAGCAUGCCGCUCCACAGAUUUUGAUCGGGCUGAAGGAUAUUCAUCUUUACGCGCCGUUGGAAUCGCGAAUCGGUCGACCGGAAGAGCCGAUAGCAGUAAGGUCGAAGCUAGGCUGGACCGUAUACGGGCCUAUGGGACCGGGAAACGUGACUAGCGGAAUGGUCGCGCAUCAUUCGUGCAGCCCGGUGUCCAAUCAGGAGCUUCACGAUCUCCUGAAGAGUCACUACACGCUGGAGGAGUCCGGCAUUUCCAUCGCCUUGCUUCCGGAGACGGAAGAAGACAGAAGAGCGAAGGAGAUUUUGAAGAAGACGACGAGGAGGAUCGGCGUGUGGAAGGACGACAACAUCGAAUUUCCCGACAGUUACCCUAUGGCGGUGAAGCGGCUGAUGUGUUUGGAGAAACGCCUGCGGAAGGAUCCCGAGCUGUAUGUCAAAGUCCGUACCAUGAUCGCCGACUAUCUCGUGAAAGGCUACGCACACGAAGCGUCGGAGUCGGAGCUGCUAGCGUUGGAUUGCAGCAAGGUGUGGUACGUUCUGCUGAAUAUCGUCUACAAUCCGAGAAAGAAGAAGUUUCGUCUGGUGUGGGACGCCAGAGCGGAAGUUAGAGGAGUGUCGCUCAACUCGAAGUUGCUGAAGGGACCGGAUAUGCUGACUGCCCUGCCGGCGGUGAUAUGCAAGUUUCGGGAGCGAGAAGUCGGUUUCGGCGCAGACAUAAAGGAGAUGUACCACCAGCUGCGGAUUCGAGAAGAGGACAAGCGAGCUCAAAGGUUUCUGUUCCGAAACGAUCCGUCGGAGAAGCCGACAGUGUAUGUGAUGGACGUAGCGACCUUUGGGUCGACGAGCUCGCCAUGCUCGGCGCAGUACGUCAAGAACCUGAACGCGAAGGAGUUUGCAGGACAGUUUCCAGCGGCGGCGGUGGCCAUCGUCGAAAACCACUACGUCGACGAUUAUUUCGACAGCGUAGACACGAUCGAGGAAGCUGUGAAACGAGCGAAGGAAGUACGAUACGUCCACUCCAGAGGCGGUUUUGAGCUCCGCAACUGGGUCUCCAAUUCCGAAGAGUUCCUGGAUGCGAUGGGAGAGCGAAAAGAGGAUCAGUGCGUGCGGUUCAGCGAGGAUAAGGAGUCCGGAUCCGAGCGAGUACUGGGGAUCGUGUGGAGCCCGGCAAGCGACGAAUUCUCGUUCUCCACCAAAUUGAGAGACGAUCUGGAGCCGUUCCUGUCCGGCGUGAAGCUGCCGACCAAAAGGAUCCUGUUGAGCUGCGUGAUGAGCUUUUUCGACCCGUUAGGACUGUUGUCCAUUUUCACGUUCUAUGGGAAGCUGCUGAUUCAGGACCUGUGGCGUACUGGAUGUGAGUGGGACCAGCAGAUCGAUGAAGAGUGUGCGGAGAAGUGGAGUAACUGGAUCCGGAGGCUUCCAGAAGUCGACGAAGUGCGCAUUCCCCGAUACUAUUUCCGUGGCGGAUUUUCACUGCGAUACAACAGCCUACAGCUGCACGUUUUCGUAGACGCUAGCCAGGACGCGUACGGUGCCGUGGCGUACAUCCGCAUCGAGACGGCCACUGGGCCGUUAUGCUCGCUCGUGAUGGCGAGAUCUAAGGUAGCACCGCUGCAGCACAUGUCCAUACCGCGACUGGAGCUGCAAGCUGCAGUGUUAGGAGCGAGGCUGGCGAACUCCGUCGGCGAGACGAUUUCGUUGGAGGUAAAGAAGCGUUUCAUGUGGUCCGACUCGAAGACCGUGCUGUCGUGGAUCCACUCCGACCACCGUCGGUACAAGCAGUUUGUGGCGUACCGGAUCGGCGAGAUCCACAGUCUAACGAAGCUUGCGGAAUGGAGAUGGGUGCCGACGAAGUGCAACGUGGCCGACGCGUUAACGAAGUGGGAAAAGGCGCACAGCCUGCGACCAAGCGGACCAUGGUUUCGUGGCCCAGACUUUCUGUACCAGCCGGAGGAUUUUUGGCCGGAGCAAGAGGCAGUGACACCGAACACUAGCGAGGAGACCCGAGCGUGUUUGCAUUUCCACGAAAUUGCAGUCACUGAGCCGAUGGUGGACCCGCUGCGGUUUUCGAAGUGGAAGAUUCUGGUCCGGACGGUAGCGUGCGUCUACCGGUUUGCAUCGAACUGCAGAAGGAAGAGAGAUGGGCUGGAGAUCGAAGUCGUACCGGCCACUGCAAGAAUCAGCAGCGUCGUGAAGAAACACGUGCGAACGAAGCUAGUGCCGCUGAAGCGGGACGAAUACCGGAAAGCGGAGGUGUAUCUCUGGAGGUCGGCCCAAGCCGAUUGCUUCGGAGAUGAGGUCUGCACAUUGGUGAAGAACCAGAAGCAGCCGAACCAGCAGCAGCAACCGGUGGAGAAGAGCAGUAGCCUGUACAACUUGAGCCCGUUCCUGGACGCCGAGGGUGUACUACGGAUGGAAGGCAGAGCGGCGCAAGGAUCGUCGCUACCAUUCGAGCUGCGGUUCCCGAUUAUUUUGCCGAAAAAGCAUCCGGUGACUGACAAGCUACUCGAGCACUACCAUCAGCAAGUAGCUCACGGGAACACGGAGACCGCAGUCAACGAAAUUCGGCAGCGUUUCUACGUCCAGAACCUGCGAGCGGAACUGAAGAGGAUAGGAAGAAAGUGCAUCUGGUGCAAGGUGAAGAAGUGUCGCCCGUCGAACCCGAGGAUGGCUCCGUUGCCGGAGUCGCGAGUAACGCCGCAUCUGCCACCGUUUAGCCACACCGGCGUGGACUACUGUGGACCGCUGACUGUUACUGUCGGCCGCAGAUCAGAGAAGAGGUACAUCUGCCUGUUCACUUGCAUGACGACGAGGGCUGUCCACCUUGAGGUUGCUCACAGCCUGACGACUCAAGCGUGUCUGAUGGCCAUACGGCGGUUCGUGUGUCGCAGAGGGAAGCCGCUAGAGUUCUACUCGGACAACGGCACAAACUUCCAAGCAGCAAGCAAGGCCAUCAUGCAGCGAAUCGAGAUCGAGUCAGAGGACGAAUUCACGGAUUCCAGGACCCGCUGGAAUUUCAACCCGCCCAGCGCACCCCACAUGGGUGGGGUUUGGGAGCGAUUGGUUCGCUCCGUGAAGGCAGCACUGACCGUGCUGAACGACGGGCGGACGAUAACGGACGAAGUGCUACUAACGACGAUAGCGGAGGCCGAAGACCUCAUCAACUCCCGGCCACUAACGUACGUUGGCCUGGAACCAGGAGCGGAGGGAGCGUUGACGCCGAACCACUUUGUUCGCGGCGUUGGCGCAAUCAGCGAGGAGCGUUCAGUUCCACCGACGAGCGAGGCCGAAGCACUGCGGGACCGCUACAAGCGGUCACAGCGACUGGCGGACAAACUGUGGGCUCGGUGGGUGUCCGAGUAUCUGCCAUCCAUCAACCAGCGGACGAAGUGGCUCUCCGAGUCGCCGCCACUAGCGUGUGGUGAUCUAGUGUACAUCACCGAUGAGGCCGUGCGGAAGAGCUGGAUCCGGGGCAUCGUGACGGACGUCUACCCGGGAGCGGACGGCAGAAUCCGGCAGGCCAUGGUCGAGACGAGCAAGGGUAAGUUUAGGAGGCCGGUGACCAGACUGGCUGUGCUCGAGGUACAGGAGGGUAAAUCCGGUGCAGCCGAGGAGCCCCACCAGAGUUACGGGAGGGGGUGUGUUGGCACUGCCCCAUACCACCUUUCGACAGCGCAACCAUUGCGCAACAUGCGGUCCACACCAGACGAGACCACCCCGGUGAUGGAUUACCCGUGAGUAGAGCAUAGAUGUCAGAAGGUAUGUUGCGUGAGAGGGAGAUGGUAAAAAUAGAAAUGGUAAAUAAAAUCAUAAACAAAAACAGAACGAAGAAUGAUCAAAAUGGUCAACCUAGGCUUUGAGUAAAGAAGUGUAGUUUAGGGAGUUUGAACUAUUUAUUAGAUAAUUGCGAUUGCUAAAAUUAGCUUACGUGCAAAUACAGAGAGUUUGUGAUUGAAAGCUCGUCCGAAGGAUAGGUGAAAGCGCCGUUGAUUCGACCGUGAGCCAGCAUACCUGUGAGGAAAAGGACUAAUACAGAAAACUAUAAAAUGUAAGUAAUAAUAGAAAAUGCUAAAAAGAAUUACUGUUAAAGUGCC